UUCCAGCUAAAUUUAUUUAUUAUAUGUUUUAACAAUUUUGGACAGGUUAAAGUUAUCCACUUGUUUAAACAAAAGCUUAGCCUCAGUGCCUCUGUCUACAUUAGUUCAAAUAUUUCUUCUCGUCUGCAAAAUUAGCCACGUUUUUUCUUGCCUUUUCUUUUUUUUUUAAUUAUCGAGAAGUAUGAGCGAUUUUGGUUUUGGCGGUUCCCAAAUGGGCAGGAAUGAAAUAUUUCAACUGGUCCUCCGGGUAUCUGUUGCUUCCGUUGUUACCUACUUCUCGCUAAAAUGGAUGAUGAAGCAAUUAGACCCAACUAGUAAGAACAAACGCAAUGCCAAAAUUCGCGCCGAGGAGCAAUUGAAGAGGAUACAGAAGGCCAGCAACUUUGGAAUAAAUACCCAAGUUCUGAAUGACUAUGAGCUGAUGAUUGCAUCGCAUUUAGUUGUACCCGAUGAUAUUCCAAUUAGCUGGAAUGAUAUUGCAGGAUUGGAUGGUGUCAUUCAGGAGCUGAGGGAAUCAGUGGUUCUGCCGGUGAGGCACAGGGAUUUGUUUAGCAAGUCGAAAUUAUGGGAAGCCCCAAAGGGAGUUCUAUUACAUGGACCACCUGGAUGUGGCAAGACUUUAAUUGCAAAAGCCACUGCCAAAGAGGCUGGCAUGAGGUUCAUCAACUUGGAUGUGGCAAUUCUGACAGAUAAAUGGUAUGGUGAAUCACAGAAAUUGGCUUCUGCCGUCUUCUCCCUCGCUGUUAAGUUGCAACCUUGCAUCAUAUUCAUCGAUGAAAUCGAUUCAUUCCUGCGCACCCGCACUUCAAACGAUCAUGAAGCCACCGCCAUGAUGAAAACUCAAUUCAUGAUGCUCUGGGAUGGCCUUAGUACACAAAGUGGCUCGUCAGUUAUCGUCAUGGGGGCAACCAAUCGUCCACAAGAUCUCGAUAAGGCAAUUCUCCGUCGUAUGCCAGCUCAAUUCCAUAUUGGCCUACCUACCGAUGCCCAGCGUUUGCAAAUAUUGAAACUUGUUCUCGAAACAGAAAACAUAAGUGAUUCUAUUAAUUUUAAUCAACUAUCAAAACUUACCAAAGGAUUUUCCGGUUCUGAUCUAAGAGAGAUGUGCCGCAAUGCUUCUGUUUAUAGAAUGAGAACGUUUAUGCGCGAUAAUGAGAAAGCUAUUGAUUCGGCUAAUGGAGAUAGUGAGUUGUUAGCAGGUGCAUCAACAUCAUCUAAUGAUAAUUUGCUUGCUAUUUCAAUGGAUGAUAUGCUGAAAUCCUAUGAGAGGAUGAAGGAGUCUAAAAAACAUACACAAAAUAUUUUUGUCGAGAAUCACAUUGAUCUUGAUUAAAUUUUAAUUUUUAAAUUUAAGUUAUUUUGAUAGUUUGUAUUUUUGGAAAGUCCGAACACAUUCCAACUGGAAUUUUAGAUUUACUUAAAUAACUUUUAAAUCAACAAUAAUCGAUAGUUUUGGUUGCAAGGCUUUUCAAUGCAAAAUUAAAAAGUUAUAUUUUUUAAAUAAAAUGAAAACAAACAAGA